CCCUGCAGCAGGUAAAAUGGCCUGGCAACCUGGUCGCAAGCCCAGCAGCCUGGCAGCGAGCUCUGGUGACGAUCCAGCCGUGUAGAGCCAUACCAUCCAAGUUCGUGACGCGCCCCGGGCUGGGCUGCAGUUCCAUAACGAGAAUGGAAUGCACCACCAGCUCCAAGCUCCGACACCAGCAGCAGCGCCGGCUCUGGAUCGGCCUGAGGCUCAGAGCACAGUCGAUGGGGGCCAACCUGUUUUCUUUUCCGUCCCGUUUUAAUCCACCAUCAUAACCAUCAUCAUCAUCACCACCACCAAUCCCAAUCCGUGUCCAUCAGUCCAUCCAAUCCAACCCGAUCCAACUCAAUUCAAUCUCUCUCCCCCCGUCUCACCCAUCCCUCCGUUCAUCCACCUCAUCUCGUCCACUCCAACCACCACCACUUGCGCACCAGCAGCUUCACAUCGUGCUGCAUCGCGGUCUGUUGCCGGGAGUACAGACUCUUACGGACACACACGCUGGUUCUAAUCUCUCUCGGUGCCGCAGCUUGCAUUGCACUGCACUGCACUGCACUGCACCCGUCAUCGCUCGCACCCCAUGCGCUUCGUGGCCCUGCGGUGCGUCAAAAGCUGAGCUGACCGGGCGGGCGGGCAAGCUGAUUGUGUCUCGCCUCGCAUCCCUUCCUCCUCGCGGAACCACCACUCAUUCGUCUUACCGUGCGUGCCGCAAACGCCAACUCGGCUGCGCGACUCACAAGCAGCCAACGCACCCCGUCAGAUCCUGCCGCAGUCAACCACACCCAACCAACACCCCGUCCUAGCGCCACGAGGCGCAACUCAUUCCCUUCCCUUUGUCACGAUGGCCGCCUCCCCAACCUCCAGGGCGGCCACGCCUGACCUCGAGCCCCAAAGCUCCCCUCCCGCACACCUCGGCCGCUACGAGAGGUCUUUCAUGACAAACGUCACCGAGGACGAGGACCGCUCCAAGAUGGGCACCCCCGAGCCUGGCACCCGCCGUCGAGGCAGAAACGCUGCCAACAGCCAGCCCUCCAUCGGCAAGGUCAGGCACCUGAAAAAGGACGAUGGCGAGCCGCUGUGGCGAGUCGACAUCCAGCACGACUUCCUCAAGGCCGUCUUUGACAACGAGAAGGCCGUCUUCACCAACAGCUGGGAGCCCAGCAAGCCCAAGCAAUGCUUCGCCGACCUCUACAUCGAUACAAUGUCAAGAAGCUCAAAGACCAGCAAGGUCCUGCGCGACAAACUGCUUAGCGAUCGGGAGGCCGCAAAGGGCAUGGCCAUGGUCUGUCUGCUUGUCAACAUCGGCCGCAUGAACACCACUCUGAACUUUUUCCCAGAGAUGCGAGCUCAACUAAGAACAUACCAUGCCAUUCCAUCGCUUCAAGCUCGACAAGAUCCGAACUCGUACAAACAGCUGCAGGAUGCCCCCCGGCUCAAGUCGAUUUUGAAGGGCGGCUCAGAAGAUCGCGUCGAGCCAUCCGCCCUGGAGGCCAUCAAGUCCGCGCCUGUCCCCAGGACCAACCCCGUCAAUCUGCUGUUUGUAAUCUGUGCCUCAGCUGCUAAGAUUGCUGAGUUGCACUUCCCUCCUGGUGGCGAGUUCCACGAUCUCAUCAUGAAGACGGACACCAGCAGCGCGUCGAGGGCCCGUGCUUUCCUGUGGAUUAUGUGGUUCUACUUGGAAUCGGACUUUACCGAAGAGGGCUGUAUGGAGAACCCCUUCGGAGAGGGAGUUGACUACGGGGUGGACGUCGCGAAUCAAGGCGUCCCCCGGCUGGAGCAGCUGUCGCGGGCCGAGAUGGAGUACGAAAAUGUUGAUACGCAAGAGGAGCUGGAUUUCGGGCUCCAGAAGCAGGCCAUGAGGAAGAAGAUCAUCGAGGCAGACCAACAGUAUGCAAUCGAGUCCAACACCAAGCGUGGAGCUGCUAGGGCGCGGAUGUUCCCCGCCGGGGAAGAAGGCUCAACCAUGGGCAUUCUGCCUCGGAUCCGGCCCUCGAAGCACGAGUCCGAUAUGGACAGCGUCCGCUCGACCCCUCCACCGCGAGGACCUGGUCGCCACAAGGAUGGCAUCGGCUCCGGUCGUCGGGGUGGCGCGCCUCUCAAGUACCAGAUCUUCGAAGGUUCCUCCCCAGGUGGACCGCAGAUGAUCGAGGGCAUAGUGCCCCGAAAGCCUAGACCGCCGACUGCACACCAGAUAGCUGUCGAACGCAACAGAUCCCAACGCGUUGAGCACAUUCUCGACCGCGGCAUCAGGAAGCGGCAUAAGAAGUCGCGCCGCCUCCGCAAGACGGAUGGUGCCAUCAUUCGAGCUGCAAAGCGCGUGCGCCAGAUGGAUGAUCCGUUCGAGGACAGUGAGGGAGACGAGAACGUGAGCGCAAUGAAGCACCACUUGUUGGUUGGCCCCUCGGCCUUUGCUCCCGGUGUCGACCCUGUCACGGCGAGGAAGACUAGUUUUCGGGAACGAGGUCUGGGUGGUCUGGUAUCACUGGUCUCCGAGCAAGACGACUUCGGCGAGGAGAUGGUGGCAUAUUCAGCGGCACUGCGCCGGGCGACCCGCCGUCUUGACAGAUGGGAGCGCCAGACUGGUCCUGACGUAGGACCCGUCGCUCCUAUCAAGAGAGCCAGGCCCGAAGCCACGAAUGAUGGCAGGGAUCCCGACGAGACGGAGGAGGAGCUUGACGCCACAACCUUUAGCUUGGACGGCAGCCUGCUGGCGGCACCAAGGGCCUCGUCGCGGACCAAAUCCAACGGCGUGCCCGCCAGCUCAAAUGGAGACGUGGCCAUGGAGGACGCCGAGGACCUCAACGAAGAAGAUAAGGAGCUUCUGGGUAUUGCGAGUGACCGUGAGGAAGGGGAUGGCGAGGGAGAUGCCGAAGACGAAGAGCUCGACGACAUAGAGCUUACUAUGCUCGGUCGGAAGGACGUCUCUGACUCGGAAUAGAAAAUCUUGUCAGCCAGUCGCGGAGCCCCCUGAGGAUAUGCAAGAUCAUGUUCCAGGAGGCUGGCGUUGCAGAUGGGUUGGUCAUUUGCUUGGCAAGAGACCUAGGAGCCUGCCAAUUGUUCCUAAGAGAGGCAGUAAGUGAUACUCCUUGAAUUUACGCGGAACGUGGGACGGCAUAGUUGUGGGUUGGCCAGGACAUUCUGGGGCAGGAAAGCGCAGAGAUGCAGACUGUACGACUAUUUUCACUUUGGGAUUGAAAGAAGGUUCAAUGUCUCUGCACCGAUCAUUUGAAGCUGCAUUGGUCGGACUGUCGGUGACACAAGCAAGGGCCGUGGCCCAUGGGGCGGAUACCCCCAAGAGCUUCGCGUCCAUUACGAGAGACAUGAUUACUUCUUCUACAGAAAGAUGACAGAAGACUACCGCCGUCUGGUCACAGAUCGGUAGAUGUAUCGAGAUAGACAAAAGAAUAAAUUUGCCUUUUUGGACG